AUGAUGAGAUUUUCAAAGUUAGUCAGAUGUACUAAUAGUAUCAUCAAAUCAAACCAAAUUCAAAGAUCAUUUAUCUCAACUUCAUUUGUACAACAACAACAACCAUCAAAAUCAGUUUUAACUUUAAACAACAACAACAAUAAAUAUAUUCAAAAGAGAUCUUAUGCAUCUGGUAGUGAAGAUGAACCAUGGUUAUUAGAAAAAGCUGAUCCAUCAAUUCUUCAAGAUGAUCAUCCAGGUUAUCCAUUUUCAGAAUUAGUAGAUACAACACUUCCAGAAUUUAGCAUUCAAGAAGUCUCUCGUCAUAAUUCAAGAGAGGAUUGUUGGAUUAUCAUUAAUGAAAAAGUUUACAAUGUUUCCUCAUAUGUUUCAUCUCAUCCAGGUGGUGAUAUGAUUUUACAAAAUGCAGGUGGUGAAUCAACAACUUUAUUCAAAGAAGCACCAAUGACUUCAUAUGCACAUGUUAUCAUGAAAGAUUUUCAUAUUGGAUAUUGUCGUCAUCAAAGAAGAUUUGAUGGCUUCACUCCAAGACAACAUGACGAAGAUCAUCACUAA